AAUCAUUUGAUCAGGACGCAGUCGAUUUAAUUCAUGUCCAAGUUUGAUUGAAUUGCCUUCACUUUAAUAUCGAUUAAAUCUGACGACAUAAUUCUCCUUUGAUUAUCAUCAGAGAUACAUCAUUUAUUGUAUUAUAUAUUUAAAAAUGGAGAUGACGAAACUACGGAAUGCUGUUAGCGUCAGUCGGUUUCAGUCGAGUCCACUGAAAAUCAGUGUGAGGCAAGCAGAAGCAGAGCAGAGCAGAGCAGAGUAGCAGACGUCUUGGGCGGCUCGGGCGGGAUAGCGAGCACGUGUGAAUUCGCAUGACGAUCUUGCGGUCGGGUCGAGGCGACCACGUUCGCUCAAAUGAACAAAAAUGAAUCGAUGAGCAGAUACGGGCCUCUCGUCGGCGCAAUCGACGAGGGGACGAGCAGCGCGAGAUUCCUGGUUUUUGCAGCGGAUACUGCAGAAGUUUUGACAUAUCAUCAAGUCUCGAUAUCGCAAACAUGCCCAAAAGAGGGAUGGGUUGAGCAGGAUGCUUUGGAGAUAUUAAAAGCAGUCAGAGAGUGCCUCAAACAAACUGUGUUCAACUUGAGGCAGUUAACAAUAGAUCCAGCUGAUAUAGUUGCGAUUGGUGUGACAAAUCAAAGAGAGACUACAGUUGUAUGGGACUCCGUAACAGGAGAACCACUUUACAAUGCCAUAGUAUGGAUGGAUAUGAGAACUACAUCAAUUGUGGAUGAUAUACUGAAGGGUAUACGUAACAAGAACAAGAAUUACUUGAAGCCACUUUGCGGCCUGCCAAUUAGUCCAUACUUUAGUGCAUUAAAAUUGAAAUGGCUGUUAGAGAAUGUACCUCGAGUUCAAGAAGCAUUAGCUGCCAAACGUCUUAUGUUUGGUACCAUCGAUUCCUGGCUGAUCUGGAAUCUGACUGGUGGUGCUAAUGGUGGUGUUCACAGUACGGAUGUCACAAAUGCUUCGAGGACAAUGUUAAUGAAUAUUGUGACAUUAAAGUGGGAUCCCACUCUAUUAUCAUUUUUUAAGAUACCUCUUGAAAUUUUACCUCAAAUACGAAGUUCCUCUGAGAUUUAUGGUUAUAUACAAGAUGAACUGCUGCAGGGUGUUCCUAUAUCAGGGUGCUUAGGUGAUCAACAAUCAGCUUUAGUAGGUCAAAUGUGUUUACAACAAGGACAGGCAAAAAGUACUUAUGGCACUGGAUGCUUUCUUCUUUAUAAUACUGGCACAGCUAUUGUGGAUUCAGCUCAUGGUUUAUUAACGACAGUUGCUUAUCAAUUGGGAGCACAUGCCUCUCCAGUGUAUGCUCUUGAAGGAUCCAUAGCUAUCGCAGGUGCCGUUAUACAGUGGUUGAAAGAUAAUCUUGGAAUACUAACCGAUAUAAAAGACUGUGAAACUAUUGUUGAACAAAUGCCCGCAGGCAAUCGUAUUGUUUUUGUGCCAGCGUUCGCGGGAUUGUAUGCUCCGUACUGGAGGAAAGAUGCGCGAAGUGUCAUAUGUGGUAUUAGCGAAGAUACUACUAGCGCACAUAUUGUAAAAGCCGCUCUGCAGGCGGUAUGCUUUCAAACGAGAGAUAUCUUGGAAGCUAUGAAGGAGGACACUGGUUUAGCGCUGUCCAAACUGUUAGUUGAUGGCGCGAUGACCAAUAAUGAUUUGUUGAUGCAAAUGCAAGCUGAUAUCUGUGGAAUUCCAGUGGUUAGGCCAUUGAUGUGUGAAACUACUGCACUCGGAGUUGCAAUUGCUGCAGGUAGUGCGGAAGGAAUACGAAAAUGGGACGUGAAGAUUGAUACUGCCGUUCCCAGUGAUAUCUUUCUACCAUCGAUAACUGAGAAUGAACGUGAUAUUUUAUAUUCUCAGUGGAAAAUGGGUAUUGAUAAAAGCUUAGGUUGGGAGCCGUUCUCGGAAACAAAUGAUAUUUCUACUACAGAUGAUACAAAGGAUAUACAUAAAGUUACCGCGCCUGGUGUAUUCAUAAUUGGCACCAUAAUACUGCUUAUGGUUGCUAAGUAUAGAUCUGCUUUGUAAUAAGUUUGUAUAUAGCACCAGUGUAAUUGCAUUUAAGCAGAAUUUGUUUAUUAAUACUACUAAAAAUAUGUUUGCUAUAAGUAUUACGUGUGGCGUGCUUUAUCUUUAUUAUUUAGUUUUAUUAUAAGUUUUAUUAUAAGUAUUAUAAUAUUUAUGGAUUAAAAAAGAGUCAAAAAUAAAAGUGCCAUGAUAUCGUAAAA